AGACCUGAUUGAGCAGGGAUUUGUUGUAGGUCCUUCCUUCACCACUAGGGAUGUUCAAGUGUCGCAAGAGGGGAACCGAUGGAUCUUGAAGAACAAAUCAGACGAUGUUCUCGGUUGCCUAGUGCGUCAACAGCAGGGAGGGAGAAUGGUGAAGACUGCCCUACCACCACUCGGACCAGGGGAAAGUUUUGAACUUCAAGCUAAGCAAGGCCAUGGGGUGCCUGAAGUCGAUUCUGCCCCCUUCGAAAAAUAUCAAGCCGGCUCCAAGAUCUAUUUCGAUGUCUCGGAGAAAAGAUGGUUCAUCAAGAAUAUCGAUCCCAACAAAACCUUUUUUGAAGUCCACUUGUUCAACAUGCCCAGUACAUUGGAUAGAGUUAUACAAUCCGUUAUAUAUUCGGGGUUCAUCAAGCCUGGUACCGAAUGGCCCAUACCACUUCAUGACUCUAACCUAGGCCCGUAUGAUCACAAACUACUGUAUAUCAGAUCCACAAUGGAUGGGGCACCUCCCAAUUAUCACUCGGCAAGGGUUGAGGUUCAGAGGGAUUAG